AUGUCAAAGGACACAAUCAAAUCUCUUAAAAAGGAGAACGACGACUUAAAGGCUCAAACCGAGUCUAUAAUGGAAGAACUAAAAAAGGUAAAAGAUCUUGUUAACAGCAAAGAAAUUAAUAUAGCAAAGGGCGACCAUAUUUGCUCGACUUCAAAUAAAGAAACACUUAAGAGCUUAGAAUAUCUUAGCAAAGAAUAUGAUGACCAGAAACGAUUCACCCAAGCGGUAAAGCAACAGAUCUCUCGCCUAGAAACCCGCGUAACUGAGAUAGCUGUGAAGCUCGACAGUCUUUCCAACUCUAUCGAUGAAGUUCAGCAAUACAGCUAUCAAUACAAUAUAAAGUUAAUGGGUAUCCCUGAAAUUAAAGAGAAUGAAUCCGCUACCGAGACAAGUGUACUUUGUGAAAGAAUUUUCAAAGCUAUGGGCGUUCAAGUGUCACUGCUCACCGCGUGGCGACAAGAAACCCAAACAGCCGCCGACCAAAACCUAUCAUUUGCAAAUUUGCAUGACGCCUCGCACAAGAACAAGUGA